CAUCGGACGUAGAAUUUCACUUAAAAAAAACCUUAACUCGUUACAAAAAAAAUAUUGUAUAAAAUAAAAUAAAUCCCUGUGUAAAUCAUACGUACAGCAAAAUGUUUCUCAGGUGCAUAAAUUGAAGUGUGUAACACGAUUUGAAUAUUAAAGUUUUUCGGGCUUAUUUUGAGAAAUUGACUGUCAUGUUUUGAAAAAUAGAGAAAAAAAUAAAAGGCACAAGAGGAAAAAAAGUGAUGUGAAAAAGGCUGAUAAAUUUUAAUAAAGGGUUUACUUAAACGAAAGUAUGACUUAAUAAAAUGAAGAAAAUAGAAUUUUUAGUGCCUUACGAACUGAUUUUUUAAGUGACAUUUUUUAAAAAAUUAAUUUUAAAAAAAUUCGAGUGCUUCUGUGGAUUCAACUAUAAAAUUAGUUAAUCAUAGCAGCAACACACACCAAAAACGGCGUCAUCAUCGAUUUGUCACCGUUGCUAAAUAACUGGCUAAAAUGUUUCAAUAUGAAUUAUCUUUCGUCCUUUGUCUGUUAAUAUGCUUUGUUGAUUCAAGUCCAACAAGUGGAAAUGCAACCGUAACAAAAGUUUAUGAAAAAUGUCAAGGACCCGGCGAUCCCGGCUUAUGCAAAAAUUUCCUCUACAAAUGGCGCUACGAGGCAACCACAAACACGUGCAACACCUUCGUGUGGGGCGGCUGCGGUGGCAACGUCAACAAUCGCUUCGACUCCGAGCUGGAAUGCCUGCAAACGUGUCAAGUGCAGGAACAACCAGCGGAGCCGGAUGCCACGCAAACGUCAUCUACGACGCCAGCAGCAGUCUCGACGACGUCCGAGGCACCUCGCAUCACCGAAUCGCCGCCUGUUGUGGUCGCGACAGCUUCCAGCAAUAAACAAAGUGGCACCACGACAAUUCCCUUCGAGCAACGUGGCAGCGAACUGACAUUCGAGGAAACGGGCUACGAGAAAACUUUUAUGUUUGCGCAAAAUAACACUUUUAUCCAAAUGGACGGCGAAGUGAUUCAAACUUUCCAGUUGCGAUUAUGUCGCGAAAUCUCGUUUCAAUUCCGGACGAAACUUCCGCACGGCUUACUCGUUUAUCAUAAUGUGAAAAAUCCGGCGGGAAUUAAUUUGGACCCCUAUGCUUUGUACGUGAUUGUCGAGAAAGGUCAAUUGAAGGUCGUGCAUGUCUUUGGAAAGCAUUCCACGAGUGUGACAGUGGGCGAAGGACUAAAUCGGGAUGAGUGGCAUAGUGUAAUGGUCCGAAUUGAUGUGCAUGGGGCUCGAUUAAUUGCGAAAGUGGACAAUAAUCAGGAAGAAGUGUACUUGAAAGGAUUGAAUCACGAUACAAAUUACGGUGUCAGCAUUAAUUUGCCGUCUGUGGUGCUCGUUGGAGGUUUAAGCUCCGAGGAGAAAUUGCAUGGUGUUAAAUACAUAAUUGAAUCAUUUGUUGGCUGCAUUCGCAACGUCGUCCUCAGUUCGGGCAAAGCUGCAUCAGAUUUAUUGCCAAUCACCCCAUUAGUUGCGACAAAACACGAAAAUGUGAAAGAAGGCUGCAUAAACAAAUGUCAUACACGGGAAAAUUUAUGUUUUUACGGCUCAAGAUGCAUAAAUCACUAUUAUGAAUUGUCGUGCGAUUGCUUCGGAACACUUUACGAAGGCGAACAAUGCGAUAUCUACAUGGCCACAACAUUGACGCUGCGUGGUUCCAGUUACGUCUCGUACCGCAUCUACGACUGGAAAGAUCGCGUUCAUUCGCCCAUGACGCGAAUUAGCAUGAUUUUCAAGACGCGUUAUGACGACUCGGCGCUGUUCUAUGCGAGUGGGGAGCAUGUGAAACAUCAAUAUGUCGCAGCUUCGAUUAAAAAUCACUCGGUUUACAUCGAAAUGGAUUUCGGACAUGGACAGAUGGCAACGACUUUGGGGAAUGCCGUGACAAGUCAUUAUUGGCAUAACUUGACAAUUUUCCAUAAUCGCAAGGCUGUGACAAUUUUGCUGGAUGACGAGACAAAAGUGCUGGAAAUUCCGGGUGGGAUUAAAAAUUUAUUGUUUGAUCCGGAAAUUUAUUUUGGGGGCGGUCCGGAUUUGCACAAAAAGAAGGGAUUGGCGUCGCAUAAUAAUUUCGCGGGAAGUUUAAAAUAUGUCUUCUACAAUGACUUUUCGGUGUUGUACGAGUUGAAAAAAGGCAAUCCCAAGGCACAUUACAUCGGCGUUCUGGAAGCCGAAUUUUACGAAGCGGAUGUCGAAGUGAUUCCCAUCACAUAUCCCUUUGCCACGUCGCACAUUUGGUGGCCCAUCACGGACCCCGAUGAGCUAAAUAUCAAAUUUGACUUCCGUUCGAGUCGCACAACUGCCGUCCUGGCCUACAGCGAAGUCACAACGCCCGACGGACAAGGGUACUGGGAAGUGCGUCUCGCAUCCUCAAAAUUAACGUUCGACUUGUGUCCCGACAUGAACAGUAACAUCACAAUUUCGACACCAAUUAAAAUCGAUUCCGCUUCCUCGUGGCAUGCACUGGAAAUUGGCUACAAAAAUAAUGAGAUCACAUUUACCGUUGAUUACCGCCAUAAAGUAACGCAAAUGUACGGCCUGACGUUCAACAUCGGUGACAAGGUAAUUAUCGGCAGUAGUUUGAAGGCGGCGACAUCCGGUUUGGUCGGUUGCAUGCGCGAUUUGGUCAUCAACGGCGUCGCGAUCGAACCACGAUUUGUCGUCAAAACGGAACGAGUAGUGGGCGAAGUGGCACUUGAUAACUGUAAAUUUGUCGAUCCAUGCAAGAGACCGAAUACUUGCGAACAUGGCGGAAAAUGUUUCGUCAAAGACGAUCGGAUCACGUGUGAUUGCAAAGGGACUGGAUACAUUGGAAAAAAUUGUCAUUUUACGAAAUUUAGGAAGACGUGCGAGGAACUUGCGUUACUGGGUUACACGAAGCCAGACGUUUAUUUGAUUGAUAUCGAUGGGAAUGGGAUUUUUCCGCCGGCACAUGUUAAAUGUGAUUUUCAAAGCUUGGAUGAUGCGACAAAGACAAUUGUUGAGCAUAAUUUGCCGAGUCAAACGGAUGUGAGGAAUAUUAAUUAUGGGGAUUUUAGUUUUCAUAUCAAGUACAGGGAGUUUUCGGCGGAAAUGUUGCAGGAAUUGAUCUCGCAUUCGCUUUAUUGUACGCAGUAUAUUAAGUAUGAUUGUUACAAGGCGCCGUUGGAGUUGCAUUCAGCCACGUGGUUCGAGUCGUCGUUCAAGAAUAAUACGGUGGAUCACUUGGGGAAUGUUAAGAGAGGAGCUUGUCCAUGUUCGAUCAACAAAACGUGCGAAGAGCCCCAACAAACGUGCAACUGUGACCACUUAGAAAAUAAAUGGUUCUCAGAUGAAGGACAGUACGUCGAAACCGGAUCUCUUGGCAUCAUGAACAUGUAUUUCCUGCAACAAAAAGACCUAACCGAAGAAUCUCAGGGACGAAUCACACUUGGACCGUUGGAGUGUGUCGAAACAAACACUCAAAAAUACGUGGUAACAUUCACAACCUCCCAGUCCUACAUCGAAGUCCCUGGCUGGCGAAAGGGCGACAUUGCAUUCUCGUUUCGCACGACAGGAGAAAAAGCAAUUCUUCUCUUCCAGCCGCCCAUUCGUCCCAACUAUCCGUCAUUCAUGGUGGCACUAACCGGUGAUUAUCAACUCACAUUUAAUUUCACCUUGAGCACCGGCACGACACGUGAACUCGUGAUUAAUUCCAAUCGAAAACUGAAUGCCGGCGAAUGGCACAAGAUUUGGAUCGAUUACAACGAGUAUCAUGUGCGGUUUAUGAUCAAUACGGACUAUCAAAUGGUGGAUUUGUUGCCGGAGGAGGAAUUUGGACCGUUUGAGGGCAGUAUGUUCAUUGGCGGAUCAACGUCGGAAUUGUUGAAGAAAAGUGCCGUGAAACAGGGAUUGAUUGGAUGUUUCAGAGGUUUGGUGGUGAAUGGAGAGAUUUUGGAUAUUUAUAGCUACAUGUCGGUUCAUUUGAGUGAAAUUAUUAAAGAUUGCAAGCCAUCGUGUGUUCCAUCGCCUUGCAAGAAUAAGGCGCAAUGCAAGGAGUUGUGGAGCACUUUCCAGUGUGUUUGCAGCAAUCCAUGGGCUCAUCUUGGACAAUUUUGUGAAACGAACAUUAACGAAAAAGCCCUUACCUUCAUCUACAACGAAUCCUACUUAAAACGCAACUAUUUCGGCGACGACACCCAAGCAGAACGCGAAAUCCUGCGAAACAUCAUGAAAGAAAACAUUCUCAUCAAUCUCCGUACUUACGAUUCGCAUUCCCUCGUACUUUACGCCAACGAUCACUUGAACAACUUUGUCCACAUUUACGUCACGGACUCGAAUAAAGUCGUUUUUAUGUACAACUACGGCGACGAAAUCGUAAAUCUCACUCUGGCCUACAACGCACUCAACAGCGGCAAAAGUAUCCAACUCGCGAUCAUUCGAACGGUCGAAAGCACAACUUUGCAUGUGAACGAAGCGAAUGUCACCGUGGAAAAGGGAUUCUCCUUACUCACGGAAUAUUCGAACAAACCAUGGAAAAAUGGCGAAAUGGAAGUUUUGUCGCCGCAUCGUCCUCCCGCUCCGCCAACGGAAUAUUUCCAAAUCAACAUUGGCGGUUAUGAUCCGGUGAAUUUACUACGAGCUAAUACAGAAAUUCCCGCCCUUGAAGGCUUCGUCGGGUGCAUUCGUGGCUUAAAAAUCGGAGAAUAUCUCGUGGAUUUGCCGGAAAUGGCGGAACAUAAUCUCGCGGCGAACACAACGGGCGUUCUGAAGGAUUGUCAGAUGAAAUGCGACGCCGAACCAUGCAAAAACGGCGGAAUUUGCACGGAAAAUUUCGCAAAACAGGAAAGUUCGUGCAAUUGUGAGCACACUUCGUUCCUGGGAGAGUUUUGUAGUGAAGAAAAAGGCGCAGAUUUUAGUGGGGAAUCGGCUUUGCAUCGAAGAUUCGUGCUGGAAGGUCGCGUUGACGAGCUAAAACUGCAACUGGCGUUCUCAAGUGGCGAUUUGAGAAGAGCAAGUCGCGUAAUGUUGCUCAUACAAACAGUCAGUGACCGAAGUUAUUACCUCAUGGUGGCAAUAACGCCUGAUGGGCACUUGCAAUUCGAGGAAGAUCGUGAGGGAACGUCAUACGGAGCUAAAUUGGAAAGAAAUUUCUUGAAUAGUGCUCGUCAUUCGAUUUAUUACAAGCGAUAUUUGGAAGAUGCAGUUCUCAUGAUCGAUCGAGAGAUUAUUCCACUGGUGCCGAUUACUGUUCAAGCGAUGGGUCAAGUGACAAAUGAUAUCGGAACCAAUUCUGUUCAAUUGGGAGGCAUAAAUACGACAGAUCCGAGAUUUGCGGUGUACAAAAGUUACAGUGGAUGUCUCUCAAACGUUUUUAUCCAAGUAAACAACUACACAAUGAAGCCUUUGGAAGAAUACAUGCUCUUUACGAAAGCCGUGGACUCCGUGGACAUCAUCGUGUUCAACUCCCAAGGUGUCCGUAGUGCUCAAUGCAAUGCUCAUUUCGAAGAACUUACAAAAGUCAUCGCGGAACCAAGUCUCAAUUCAACUGGAACAGCCAAAACUUGGAACGAAGAUGCCCCAAAACGAAUUCCUUACUCCUUCACGUAUCCCCAACGUGGCGAAAAGGAGGAAAAAACUCAAGUUGUCUUUACUGUACUCACUGCCUUGUUUAUCAUCAUCAUCGUUUGCUGCCUGAUUGAAGUUUAUCGCACAGAUCGUGCCCACAAGAAACGCAUUGAACGCGAAACUGACGAAAGUAUCAUUUGGAGUCGCGAACAAGCAACCAAAAUGCACGAAUCGCCAGGAAUGGGAGUGAAAAGUUUCAAAUCGGACGAGCUCAACGGCAUUCGACGAAAGUCAUCAACGCCAAAUAUUGUUGGAAUUCUCAAAAACGGAAAUCAUGCUGCUGCCAGAUCUCCUUCAGGGUCAGAAUUGGAAAAAUUGAAGCCAGAAGAGAAAAAAGUAGAUACUCCUCCGAAAGAUGAAUCUCCUAAAGAAACGAGAAAUGGCGGUUAUCGAGAGAGUCAAUUAAUGGACCACGAACCGCAAUGGGAGUCCCUCAUUCAAGAGGUAACGGAAGAAAAUGAAGCGGACAAGUUGCUGCCAGUCGCUCCCACUCCGAGCGAAAACGAAGACGAGCAAGUCAUCGAAAGCACGCAAUCACUGCGAAAUAACAGCUCCGCUAGUAGUAACGUUGCCGCAUCUUCUUCUUCGCCAUCUCUCACGGACCUUGAAGCAGCUGGUGACCCCCAGUUGGUAUCACGCCCGAGUUUUCGUUCUAGAAAUCGACCGGCAAUAUCGUGGGGACCGCCACCAGUCGCCGCUUAUAACAUGACCCAACUUCCAUUUAAGAUUGACGAGACGCCGUCAAGAUCGCCGCGCGUUUCGGAGACGCAGGACGCGCCGACGCCAGAAGCUCCGUCGCCAUCGCCGUUGGCAAAAACCGCUGACGAGGAGGAAAAUGAGGACAGCGACGAGGAAGAAGAAGAAGAAAGUGACGACGACGAUGAUGAUGAUUCCGAUGAGGGACUUGUAAUGACGAUGCACAACAGCAAAAAUGCUAAUAACAAUAAAAACGGUGUCGAUGUCGAAAAUGUGGGAGCAACGAAUGAAUUAUAGCAAGCACGCGAUACCGUUGUCCAGAAAUUGUGAUACAAAAUAAUAAAAAAGAUGUUAAUUGUUAUAUUAUCGUUCGCAGCGCUGAAAAAAAAAGCAAAAAUGAAAAAAAAAAUAUA